GCGGAUGGAACCUGUGGUGAAUCAAGUGGGAUCCUUGGAAUCAACCAGGAAUAUAUGGUGGAAUCUUGCAAUGCUUAUGGAGCUAAUGCAGUCAUUGGGAGAUCUGAUCAACGGCAGGUGCCCACUCCAGAGAUUCGUGCUCAUAAUUUGUACUUUGAUCUGUCUGCUUAUGGCAUGGAUAAAUUAACCACAAAAACCGAAUUUCCCAAAACUGCGUUCCAUCUCAAAAUCUAUGGUACAUUCCGCAAUCGUUGUUUGGCUUUGGCUUGCCCUGCUUCUGACUCCAAAAUUAUAAGGUUCCUGCAUCAUACACUCAAUUCUACCAUAAUGAAAAGUAUCUUCCAGCAGUCUUUCAACGCUUAUAAGAUGGACAUUGAGCCACGAAUUGGGGAACCGAUGCUCCACUGUAUCCGGUGCAGUCACCGACUCUUUGAAAUUAUGCUGUCCCAUCGACGGGUGACAACCGCUCUCCUUGCUGACGACAAUAUUGUGGUCACUGUUGAAGGGGAAGCAGCCAGAAUGCUGAAUUUUGACACAGGCUGUGGAGUUAAUCUUGGUCUGAGAGGUUUGGAGUCAAUGGAAGAAUUGAUUUAUAAGGUGGCCACUGCUGUGGAUCAACAGGAUAUCUUUGAGGCCCUGGCAGCUAAAAUCCAGCAUUCCAAACAAGUGGUUGAAGAUUUUAAGCAGAAUGGAUUAUCUGCUACCCUGUUUGAAUGAUCAGAUAGGACGACAGCCUAUCUGCAGAGAUCUAUGGGCAUUCUUGCCCCUUGCUGCACAAAAAA